GACGCGUGAGAGGAGCGGAGAGACAGUAGCAGCAGCAGCAGCGGGGGGCUUUGAAGGAGCUGCCGACCAAUGGGGAAGGAGGAUGAGCUGUGGAGAGCCGUGCAGAGCGGAGACGCGGCGAGCCUCAGACGCCUCCUGCUGAAGCACCCGGAGGCUAAGAGCCGCAAGAAGGGGACCACAAAACAGUCCAACGUCAACCUGCAGGACGACGAUGGGAUGUCUCUGCUGCACCACGCCUGCCUCGGCGGCAGCGCGGACGUCGUGACCGCGCUGCUGGACGGACACUGCACCGUGGACAUCAGUGACAGCAAAGGGCUGCGGCCCCUGCACUACGCGGCGUGGCAGGGCAGCGGCGACACGGUGCGGGCGCUGCUGAAGGCCGGCUCCUCGGUGAACCUCGCCUCGCACGAGCAGCGCACUCCGCUACACCUCGCCAGCCAGCACGGGCACCACCUCGCAGCGGAGGUCCUCCUGCAGCACGGGGCCGAGCCGUGCGUCCGCGACGCCACCGGCAAGACGGCGCUCUCGCUCGCCUGCGAGUUCGGAAGACUCCAGGUCGUCCGCCUCCUCCUGGGAAGCCACGUGUCCCCCAGGCUGCUGGAAGGAGCUCCCAGCGAGCAGGGAGACGCUACCGUCUGCAACUCUCCCAUCCACCUCGCCGCCAAGAACGGGCACGGGGACAUCGCGCGAAUGUUGAUCUUGGAAGGCGUGGAUUUGAAUUCACAAACCAACAUCGGCACGCCGCUGCACGAGGCCGCGCUUCACGGCAAACUGGACAUCGUGAAACUGCUGCUGCAGAGUGGCGCCGAGGCCGCCGCUGAGAACAAGUUCAAGCAGACGGCGCUGGACCUGGUGAUGCAGUUCACGGGGCGCCAGGCAAGCAAGGAGAUCAAGCACGCACUGCGAGAGGCAAUGCACACAGUGCAGGCGUGCGCCGUCACGGACUACUGCAACGCGUACGACUCGACGUGCCUGCGGAUAACCGCCGGAGACAUCAUCACCGUGUUGGAGCGGCAGGAGAGCGGCCUAUGGAAGGGCUACGUGAGGGACCGGCUGGGCGCCUCUCGUGUCGGAUAUUUCCCAUCGUCCGUUGUGCAAGUCAUCAGCUCGUCCGCGGACCCAACGUCUUCCAUUGCGCGGCCGGUCUCUCUUCCGUUCCCCAAAGACCGCGACAGCGGAGGGCUGUUCGCACACGCGGACGCCCUGGAUUUUCACAAGGCCCAGACAGUGUGCGGAGGCUCAAGGGACCUCGUCUGGGGAUACAAUGCCGGUGAUGCGCCGGUCGGCGAUUGCAGCAGUAUGGGCAGCAGCAGAAGCUCGGGCAGCGGAGAGAGUGUGGGCAGCAGGAGAGGGCAACAGGAGCAUCAGCAUAAUCAUCAGCAGCAGCAGCAUCGUCAGCAGCAGCAGCAACAUCAUCAUCAGCAUUAUCAGCAUCAGCAGCUCAACAAAAUCACAAAGAUUACACACGGAGAAGAGAGGAUCGUACAGACGGGAAACCUGCCCAUUGCAGUGAGAGAUGCGUCGUCGUCCGCCAAACACCUGAACGAAGCUGACCAGGCUGUCUACAAGUGGCUCAUGGGCUUCGAUUUGCAGCAGUACACGCCCUGCUUCACGUCUGCCGGAUAUGACCUCUUCACGAUGAGCCACAUGACCCCUCAGGACGUCGCGGCCGUGGGGAUCACCAAGCCGGGCCACAGGAAGAUCGUCGGCUUGGAAAUCUCGCGGCUCGCCGUGGCGGACGAGCUGCCGACCACCAAACCGGCUACUCUGCGCGAAUGGCUGUCUCAAAUAGGCCUCGGCCACUACCACGCCACCUUGGCUGACAAUGGCUACGACAAGGUGGAUUUUAUCUCCGAGAUAACGCUGGAAGACUUGCAGGAGAUAGGCAUCACUAAACUAGGUCACCAAAAGCGGCUCCUCUUGGCCGCCAAGAGGCUCAAGGCGCUGCAACGGCGCGAGGCGGCGCAGGCCCAGAGCGCCGCCCGCCUGCCCGCCGGCACCGCCGCCCUCUUCAGCAGCGGCCCCGGUAGCGACAGCGGCCUCAGCAACGCGUCCGACUUCGCCGACGAGGGCAGCCCGGCGCCGUUCCACCAGCUGGGGCGGCGCGGCUCGCGCCAGCAGCAGCAGCUGCAGCAGCAGCUGCAGCAGCAGCAGCAGCAGCAGCAGCAGCAACAGCAGCAGCUGCAGCAGACGGCAGUGUUCGUGUUCCCGCCGACGCGGCCCGCCGCUCCCCCUCCCGCUACUCCGACCACUCACCCCGCUACUCCGACCGCUCACCCCGCCGCUCACCCCACCACUCACCCCGCCGCUCCCCGCCCAGCUACUCCGACCCCUCACCUCGCCGCUCACCCCACCACUCACCCCGCCGCUCCCCGCCCAGCUACUCCAACUGCUCACCCCGCCGCUCACCCCGCCGCUCACCCCGCCGCUCACCCCACCACUCAUCCCGCCGCUCCGCGCCCCGCUACUCCGACCGCUCCCCCCGCCGCUCCCCCAUUCCCGCUCAAGGUCUCCGAGGACUUUCAGCGGGCGCUGUCGGCGGUCGGAAGGCAACGUGCCGCCACCGCCGCCGCCGCCGUUCCCUUGCCGCCGAAAUUUCCGCCGGAGUUUCGCCUGCGGCCCGGCUCGCCGCCGGAGCCGAGCGGCGCUGGCGGCUUUGGGGGAUUCGCGAGAAGCGCGUCGCUGCGGUCGCGCGCCAGCGCGGCGCCCCCGCCGCCCGCGGACGGAGGCCUCGCGCGGAGCAACUCGUUCGCCAUGCGGCAGAAGAGAAAGGGACCCCCGCCGCCGCCCCCCAAGCGCUCCGCUUCAGUCAGCGGCGGCGGCUACAGCGGCAGCAGCAGCGGCAUCGGUGGCAGCAGCAGCAGCAGCAGCGGCAUCGGCGGCAGCAGCAGCAUCGGCAGCAGCAACAGCGGUCGGUCGGUAGGGGGGGGAGAAGCGUCGAGCAGGAGCGACGGCGGCGGGGACGGCGACGCGCCGGCAAACGUGCGACGCCUCGCCGCUCUGCUGGAGAGGUCGACGUUCGCCGCGUCGCUCGGCGGAGCGGCGCUCGUCGCGCCAGAUCGGCAGCCGCAGCAGCAGCCGCAGCAGCAGCCGCAGCAGCCGCAGCAGCAGCAGCUCUGGCGGCAGCAGUCACAGAAGAGGCCGAGCGAAUUGGCGGUAAACAACCCAAGCGUCACCGCCGUCAAUCCGAUCGGCAGAACUGUCAGUCCGAAUGGGAGCGUCGUUUAUCCGAAAGGCCGGACGGUCGUCAGCCCGAGCGAGGGCGGCGCCGUGAGUCCGGACAACGGUACCGCCCGCAACGCGGCCGGCAGAACCCUCGAGCGUUGGCCCUCCGUGUCGCAGGAGGCCGGGGCGGACCGCAGCGUCGACGAGCACGCGACGGGCUCGCGCUCUCCCGCUGCCGUCAAACCGCACGGCGCGACCGGGGGGGUGCCCACGCAGGUGAUCCGGUGGAGCGGAGGGCGGGACGGAAGCGGCUCCCUCUCGGCCGCCGAGCGUUUGCCGUCGCCGCCGCCCGGCCGGUCGACGCGAGAGGCUCCGCCGGCCGGGCCGGGGUUCCUGCGCCCGCCGGUCGACCGCAGGGCGGCGGUCGGCGCGUUCGGCGCCAGCGGCGGCGGCGGCCGUAGCGUCGCCCCACCCGCGCCGCGCCUCGGCGGGACGGAGUCGGGCGCGCCGACGAGCCGGGGAGAGGACCGCUGGAGCGGCCGCUCGAGCGAGCGCUCGGCGCUCCGGCGCCCGGCGGCCGGUCAAGAGGCGGCGGGGCGGGCGCUCCCGUCCGGCGGUGCCGGGGACGUCGUCGCCGGGGCCGACGAGCGGCCGGGGACGCCGGCGCGGCCGUCGUUCGAGCGCCAGGUCUCAGAUCCAUGCCGCGGGUUGCCUCCUCCGCCGCCGGCCUCGGCCAAACCUCAGCGCGGCAAUGGCGGCGUGCCGGCGGCCGCGAGGACCUACAUGGGCUUCCCGUUGGCUCCCGACUGCGUGGGGCCAGAGGGCGAGUUCCAGAGCGGAAAGGUCGUGAGAUACGACGACGCGGAGCAGCAGCAGCAGCAGAAGACGCCGGCAGACAUUCUGGAUGACAUUGGCUGCAUGUUCGAUGACCUCGCGAGCCAGCUCAACUCGAUGCUCGAGUGAAGUCGGCCCGGCGACGCUUGGGCGACGAACGCCGGAGCCCUCGACGCCGACAGAGACGAGUCGACGGCUCCCUGCCCCCCCCGGAAUCCACCUCAAACGCCAAAUGCUGCUGCUGCUGGUGGUGGAGCUCGCCAAUCGGCACUUGCCCCCGACACGACACGGGAUUGAGGAGGGGGAGCGAUCUUUUGUCGUUGAAGAGACUCUGAGAUCGGUCCUCGUACGGACACCUCAUCGUGGUGUCUCGUCUCGUCUCGGGCGAGGGCGGGGGGGGGCUGCCACCCUUGGUUCAGUCCCCAGGCCUGGUUGUGUCUCUCUCGCCAAUCCCGUACGCCGAUGAAAGAAACUUUGCGCGCGUUAUUUUUGUGUUUAAAGGUUAACACGCGCGCUAGAAGCAGCAGCGCGCUAGAAGCAGCAGCCGCGCUAGAAGCAGCAGCCGCGCGCUAGAAGCAGCAGCCGCGCUAGAAGCAGCAGCCGCGCUAGAAGCAGCAGCCGCGCGCUAGAAGCAGCAGCCGCGCGCUAGAAGCAGCAGCCGCGCUAGAAGCAGCCGCGCGCUAGAAGCAGCAGCCGCGCUAGAAGCAGCAGCCGCGCUAGAAGCAGCAG